AUGGCUGGAAGAAACGAUCGUGCAAUUGCUGAUGCUUUGGAGUCAGUGGCUCAGGUGAUGCAUGGGCAACAUAAUCAAACUGGUCAUCGUGCCAAUGAGGGCACAAGUGCUGAGAAGAAUUGUUACAAGUGUGGGAAGAUAGGGCACCUCAUCGCUGAUUGUAAGGGUAAUGUUAUGAACUUCUACAAUUGUGGAGAGCAACGCAAUAUCAAUACUAAUUUCCAAAAGCCGAAGAAGGUCCAAUCUGAGGGUAAAGUUUUUGCAUUGUCUGGGAUAAAGACUGCUAGUGCUGACAGGUUGAUUCAAGUUACGCGUUUUAUCAAUGAUAUACCUCUAAUUUCUAUUAUUGACACGGGUGCAACACAUGCUUUUAUUUCGCUUGAAUGUGCUAAGAUAUUGAAUUUAAAGUUAUCUUCUAUGGUUGGAAGUAUGGUUAUUGAUACCCCAUCCAAUGAUUCAUUAAAUACUUCAUUGGUGUGUUUGAAAUAUCCACUAAAUAUUUAUGGUAAGAGUUUUGCAAUGAAUUUAGUCUGUCUACAGUUGAUCCAGCUUGAUGUUAUCCUUAAAAUAAACUAG